ACCAGCUCAAGUUCGGCAAGUAUCGCAACGCCGCCGCCUCGCUGGUGGGCCCCGUGCCCGACAUCGAGGAGCUGGUGGCGGCGGGCAAGACACACGGGGUGUGCCCGUUCUUCCUGGGCAGGGACGCAGGCAAGGAGGCCGACAUUGUGUUUUUGCCGUACAACUACCUGCUGGACCCCUCCACCCGCCGUACCAUGGCUGACAGCAUCAACUGGAGCAACGCGGUCGUCAUAUUCGAUGAGGCGCACAACGUGGAGAGUGUGAGCAGCGACUCGUGUUCCUUCGACAUCACCGCCAAGCAGCUGGCGGACGCAAUGGCGGAGACCAAACGCUGCAAGGAGGUGUGUCUUGAGCGCAUCGAGCGGGGCCAGGUGGCGCUCGCUGACGUGCCGGCUGCGGGCGGGGAGGCGCAGGGACCCGACUACCGCAGACUGGCAGCGGACAUGGACCUGCUGGCGAGUGUCCUCAAGGCCCUGGAGACCGGCCUACACACCCUGGCCGCCAAGCUGCCACCCCCGCCCCUGCACGGAGGCGGAGGAGGAGGCGGGGGCGACUCGGGUCUCACGCGCCCCGGCUCCUUCCUGUUUGAGUUCCUGGCCCAGUUCAACAUCACCAGCCACACCAUAUCCGCGCUGAAUGCGGCCAUCGACGCGGCGAGCGACGUGCUGGCGGCGGCGGAGGUGGAGGCGGGCAGGACGUCGGGCAGGGCGUCCACGGUGGCCCUGCAGCACCUGCAGUCCUGCCUCAACCUCGCCUUCUCCACCCUGGAGCCGCUCAGCGACAAGCCCGGAGCCCCCCCGGCCCACAAGGGCUUCCGGGUGCACGUGCACAUGCAGCGCUCCUGGGGGGCAGACAAGCUGGCGGCACCCACCCUGUCG